GAAAAUUCUAGGGUGUUUGACUUUCUUGCAUAUUUCUUUGUAGUGAUAAAAGCACCGCCUCCACCGUGUAAUAUUGUUGAUUUAAUGGCUAUGAGAUCGUGGGUGAGUCGGGGAUCCGUGACUCGUGUGAUGGACUCAACGAAUCGCGGUGCUUUCAGUCGCUUCUUCAGCGACAAGGGUCGCGUGCUCAGCGAGGAAGAACAGGCCAAAGAGAAUGUCUACAUCCAGAAAUGGGAGAGGGAAAGAUUGGAGAAACAGAAGCUGCAGGCUGGGAGGGUUAGGGCUGAGAAGGACAAAAACGCUGCUGAGAAGAACGAAGACACUGCUGAUAAGGUACACGCUUUUCUUUUCGGUCUGCUCAUACUCCUACCGCUAUUUUUUUGUCAAUUUGAUUUGUAUGUCAACAGACUACGUUUUGGGGCCACUGUUGUUUCAAUUUGGACCUUUUCUUUUUUUUUGGAAUUUGUUAUUUUUCAUAUUUCAUGUUGUAAAGAUCACGAUGAAGUUUAACUUCCAGAAGUUUGUAAUUUUACACGAUGGAUGGUUUUCUCUUUUCAUUUUGUUUGAUUUGUGCGGUUCUUUUCUUACAAUCUGUUGUGAUCGUGAUUUGAGCGAUUUCUUUAUUAACAUUAAUAUAGGGGUUUUACAGAACACUGAACUUACUCGUUGCGAAUCGUAUUCUAACUUUUGACCGUUUCUUUUUUUGGUUACAAAUUUCGUUGUUAUCAGUUUUGUGGGGACGGGUGACUGGUAGGUCUGUCUACCUCUUUUCUGCAUUAGUUAGCAGUUGAGAUCAUUUGAAAAUUCUCUUUACUAGUCGUCAUUUUGUGGAAUUUGUUCAGCCCGUUGUUUCUGUCUCUCUCUUUUUCCAGUGAUUAAAGAAACUACUAAUUUGGUCUCCAAAUUAUCAUAUCACCGUCUAAGUUGUUCCCAAAAUAAUAGAAUUAUGUAUGUAAUUUCUGAAGUGCUGUGAACAUCAAUCACUUUUAUCCCUUAUUUGAUGUAUUUCAACGAAGUUUAAGGAUCAAUUUCAUGUGUUUGUUUAUAUUUUGUGGACUAUUUUGCACGAUUUGUAAUACUUUUUUAGACUACUCCAGUAGUUCCUUUCACUUUGAGGACUACAUUGGAGAGAAUAGUAGUUUAAGGAUGAAAUUGAUGGAUUAUUAUCCAAUGCAAUGUUUAGAGUGAAAUCGUACAGCCUUGAAAGACUGCAUUGAAGUUCUUCUGAAAUGUUGAUUGCUGUUACUGUUUAUUCUGGAAUAAAUUGUUUGCUAUUGCUCAGUUUUUGGUUAAAUUCAAUUUGGUGUAAACCAAGGGAGCCAUUUCCCAAAGUCAAAGAGUGCAGCAUUGUGCUACAUGCAUGGACGGAGGUAGAGUUUAGGUGGGACGGCCUUUUACCAUGAUUUGCACUUUAUCAAAGCCAACCAGGGGUGAUUGCAAUGUUCCAUAUGCCUGGUUCAUGUAUAAAAUUAUUUUUGUAAUUUAUCUUUGAAAUGGGAAGAACUUUAUUUGUUUUCAUUGCAUCUGUUUUUUAUCAACUUCGUGGCAUUGGAAUUUUACUGUGGAUGUUAUGUUCCUUGCCUCUCUACUUUUCCCACAAUUUAACGCUUUUUUUUUCUGUAGAAACCUCAAAAGGAGUGACUUUAUCAUUCUCACAAGCCGUCAACGUCACUUUGUGGGGAAAGCAUGGCGAAUAAAACACAAUGACCCUAAGUAGUGAACUUUGGUCUUUGUAUAGAGUGUGUUUCUUGUUUAUCCGUAGUUUCUUCAAUAGUGAUUGAUGAAACCGUGUCGUUGCAUCAACAAAACUUGGUAUGUUUGUUAUGAUAUUAUCCUUUCCAGUUAA